GUCUUGGAACGGGCUUUUUCAGUUCCUUCUUUGAUUGGGAGUCUUCUCAUCAUCAUCACAUUCUGCAGGGCCCGAGGUUUUCGCAAGCCCAUCAACCGCCUUAUCUUUUACGCGACCUUCGGGAAUAUCAUGUCCAACGUUGCAGCAAUAAUGGCUGAUGAAUUUCUCUACAACCCCACAGAGGCUGGUUGUAAACUGCAGGCUUUCAUCAUUCAAAUGUUCAUGCCUGCUGAUGCGUACUGGUCAUUGGUAAUGGCUCUCAACGUUUAUCUUACCAUCUAUCAUAAGUACGACGCGCAAAGGCUGCAGAGAGUAGAGGUUAUUUACCUGUUUUGUUGCUACGGGUUGCCGUUUAUCCCUGCCUUGACAUUUAUCUUCAUAAAUGAUCCUGCAAGGGGGAUGUUUUACGGUCCGGCCAGACUAUGGUGUUGGGUGACACCAAAAUGGGUAGUUGUAGCAAUGGCUACAUUGCAUUGUCCUGUCUGGGUGGCUAUCGUUAUCACCUUCGCAAUAUAUUUCCGCGCAGGGGGCGAAAUACUCCGGGUACGAAGCUCAUUACGCUCCUUGAGCAGUCGAUCUCAGGACAGCCACCAGUUGGAUGAUAAUGAGACCGCAUUUCCAAAGACGGCUGAAGUUGUCGUGCCUUCUGCGGUCCUUCCCCAUUUUCAUCCCAGGGCUCCCCACAGCAGCACUCUCCAUCGACCCUCAGUCUCUUCCGUCACAGUAUCUACGAGAGCCAGACAAGUUGAGACUUACGAACAGAAGUAUGUUGAGUCUUCUAAGCAAACGUGCGAUAUCCGAGAGAUCGAAAAUGCCACGCAGCAAGGCCGUAAAGGUCGGAGGCUCCGGGCCGCUUCUGACACCGACACCGCUGUCUGGUCAUAUGUGAAGUGCACGCUUCUUUUCUUCACUGCACUCCUCGUCACCUGGAUCCCGACAACAUUGAACAGACUGAUCGCACUUGUGAAUGGCAGCAAUCUUGCGGGCCUGGAGAUUCUUACUGCUAUUGUACUGCCACUGCAAGGGUUUUUCAACGCUGUAAUUUAUGCCUAUACCUCAAGGGAAGAGUUCAAAGGGAUAUGGAGGGAUAUUCGUACCAGGCUGCCUUCUUGGGAA